AUGCAAACUACUGCGAGAACGACAAAGAUAUCAAUCGAUCGUCUUAUAUGGGAAUUUGAAGUGAUGAAAGUUGAUGAUAAUUACAUUCAAGCACCAAAAGAUGGUGUCUAUGUCAAAGGUUUGUUUUUGGAAGGUGCUGGAUGGGAUAAGAAAAAUGCUUGUCUAGUCGAAGCUGAAGCCAUGCAAUUAGAAGUACCGAUGCCAACAAUUCUAUUUAAACCGGUUGAAAAUAAGAAAAAGGCAAUGGCUACUGAAGAAGAUCGAGAAAGAAAAACAGAUGUCUAUUCCUGUCCAUGUUAUUAUUUUCCAAAUCGUGCCGGUGGUUUUGGUCAUCCAUCAUUUGUUGUCGAAGUCAAUCUAAAAACACCACAUUUUCCCAAUACUCAUUGGGUCAAACGUGGUACAGCACUGUUAAUGAACUUGGAUCGAUAA